AUUACAGUAAUAAGUUGAGUAUUCUCCGAAGUCCAAUCGCUCGGUGAUUCCCUGGAAAAUAUUCGAAGAUGUUGUAUUUGGAAGAUUACCUUGAGAUGAUUGAGCAGUUACCUAUAGAAUUAAAGGAGAGAUUCACAGAAAUGAGAGAAAUGGAUCUUCAAAUUGAAAACUCGGUGGAUACAAUAGAAGAAAAAGUAAAGAAAUUUUUUGAGGCUGCUAAAAAAUUAAAAACUGAAUCAAAACAGCAACAGUAUGAGUCAUUGCGAAAGGAUUAUUAUAAACUUUUAGACAGUGCAGAUGAAAAAGUGCAAAUAGCAAACCAAGUUUAUGAUACAGUGGAAAGAUAUUUACGAAAACUUGAUCAAGAAGUAAGUAGGUUCAAGAUGGAACUUGAAGCAGAUCAUGCAGGUAUUACAGAGAUUCUUGAGAGAAGAUCUUUAGAAUUAGAUAGUUCACAACAGAUGAAGUCGGGUUCAGCCAAAUCUGAUAAGAGAAAGGUAUCCCAUGAUAACCAUGUAGACAAACGGGUAAAUGCAGACAAGAUCCUAUCCACCUUGGCAACCAAUGCAGUGCAGGACAUUACACCAGCAAGAAGUAGUAAUCUUAGUAGUAAUAGCAAUACAUUGGUGAAUUCAAGAGAAGGCAACUCUCAACCAUCCUUACCAUACAGCUUGGAUAAUGUGGGUUCAUCAAGCGCAAUAGCAAUGGCUGCAGCACAAGCUGUAUCAAAUACAUUACAUAUGCAGCCAGGAAGGAGAACAGCAAGUUUGAAGGCAAGCUACGAAGCUAUCAAGUCUGGUGGUUACUCAUUAGGUAGAGACUUCACUUAUGGAAACACUUCAACAGCAGAGGGAGCACCAUCCUCAUCUUCUAGCACUAAAUCUAGUCGACAUAGAAUCAAGAAGUAAGACUUCCAACCAUCUUAUAAAUGAAGAUUAGUUACAAGUUAAAUGGAUUGAUACAGGGUAUUACACAUUCAGGAUUCUAAUGGAUUUUUGGUUUAAAGCAAAGUCUGACAUCAGUCUUAGAAAUUUCAACACAGUAAAAAAAAAACAUAUAUUUGAACAAAAAUUGGUUUCCGAACCAUAAUCAAUGAAGUCAAAACCAGGAUUAGCAUGUAGUGCCUCCUCACUUUCCUGUCCAAAAUUGCUGAUAUUUAUUUUGCUUCUCGCAAAGAAGUUUACUAUAUCAUGCAUUAUUUGGUGCCCCAAAUGCACUUUGCACUGUCUCAAAAAUGCAAGUAACUUCACAAUCAACUGCAAAUUGUUUGUGCCCACUGCAGCAAAGAAGCAUGCAUCAAAUAAUGGCGACUAUCAUUCAUUGAAGACAAGCUCAGAGAAGAAAAUUGAUGUACCCAUGCUGUUUCCAUUAGGCCCGAGUCAAAACAUUUAACUGACGUUUAAAUGACCAUUUACACAUAACUACUUAAAGACUACCAAAUAUUCCCUUAAUUCUUUUACUGCUUUGAAAUGAAUUAAGAAUGUAUAAGUCACUAAUAAAUAUUUCUAAUUUGAAUGGAAAAUGAAGUUGAACUAUGUGAUAUGUCCAUCCAAAAAAGACGGAAGAUUUGCAUUUGCAAGUCUAAAUCUAACACCAAUGUGAGCAUGUGGGGACAAAUAAUGGUUUGGUCUUUGGGUCGUUCUACUUACAUCCUGUCAUGAAAAUGCAAAUGAAUUUGAUCACCUGUCAAUAUUUUCUUAUUUUGUGACAGUUGAUUAUCAUAUUAAGUUCCACAAUAGCCCAGUCAUUUUAGCACAAAAUUUGGCCAAACUUGGAACAAAUUGCAACAGCAUUUUUUUUUUCACCACAAUGCAUUUCUGUGAGGUCCCUAGUACAAAAUACAAAAAGUCCCAAACUAUCCGAAUAGGGGAAAGGCUCACAUCCAAGAUGGCUGCCAAAUGGCUGCCAAAAUCAAUUAUUGAUAUGCCUUAUCCUUAAUAUUUUUUCAUAUUUUUUGCACAGACAAUAGGGAAAAUGUUAAAUGAAUACGUAUUUCACUAUUAUUUAGAUAUUAGAAAUCGAUUGCAACCAUUUUCUGGACUGUCCAGUCAAUAUUUUUUUGAAAAAUGUGAGAAUUUAUACCCAAAAUUCCAUGUUAUUGGUAAAAAAAUUGGCAUGUGCAUUGAUAUCUCUCUGUUUUAUCAUUAACAUCAACAACUAAUGCAAAAUAUCAGCAUUCGACACAAAAGGGAAUAUAUCAACGAGAAUAUUGAUACGCUUCAUGGCAGUAUUAAUGUAUUAACUUGCUUAUAUAAAGGGCAAAUACCUCCGAAUGUAUUACUCGAUAUUGCGAUAAAAUGACACCAAAAACUAACCUCCGUGUCUAAGUACACUAUUGUUAUCGAUUACAACGCGAUCGCUGGCAUGACGUUAAAGAGAGUACAAUAGAUUAAAUCGUUCUUGCCUCGCCUUUGUUGGUGUGACUAACACGCAGAAAUACAUGUGCGUAGCGAUAGAAAGGUGUAUAUUACUUAGAUGGGUAUGUCGGCUUUUCUGUUGAUGAAAUCUCUUGGAAAAGUUAGAGGAAGCAUUGCUCUGCAUGCAAUUACAUUCAGGCACCUUAAAGCAUAGUUCCGCAAGAGCCUAUUGAAGGUACCCCCUUUAUCCAGAGCUUAACUAUUAAAAUAUUGCUUUUUGGGAACCCCCUUUGUGACAAAAUGGUGUUUUUGCUACAGAAAAAAACAACUUUUCUUAUCUUGAACUCACUUGGAGGCAAAGGAGUGGGCUUUUCGCUAUCAGUUACAUAUAUAGAAGUGAUGGCACAGCAAAUCCUACAAUUUUUUAGCUCCAUUGAGGCAAAAGGCUUUUCCCCUUUGCAGUUAACCACUUUCAUUGUUUUGUAAGCACAUGGGGAUGAAAAAAUAGAUUUUCAACUGCGAAGCAUUCUUUAAGAGCUGUAUGAAUGGUUUAAAACGAUAACCAAAAAGAUCACAAAACAGCGAAAGCGUCUAUAUGUCACUGACACAGAGUCCGUUACAAGAAAUUUUUAAAACAGGAAAAAAUACAGGAAGUAUGUUGCACAAAACAGGUGAAUUGAGAUGAAAGAUGCUCUCCAAUCGACUCCACGAAGAAGAAUGCUAACUUAUUAGAAUUUGGAUUUUGCCCCCUCCCGAAAUUACCAUGUCAGCUAACGCGACGUAGCAUUUUUUAGCCACGCCUCCUUGUGAUAUCCGAACAAAUACCAUAUUUGGCAUCGCAACAUAUCUCCACCACGGCAAAGGAAUUCGCCUGACCAGGCCCCCCCUCCUUGUAAAACACCUGUUACGUACCGCUGGCGGGAUAUGUUGUUGUCCAGCUAGUCUGGCCUGAGAUAACCUCUCAUUAACUUUCUUUGCAUGUUAAGAGGUAUUAUCAGCACAUAUAAAAGUGCUGGCACAGCAAAGCCUACCCCCUCAGGGGUUUGCUGAAGUCACCCACCCCUUUUCCGUAUUUUGCCAAUUUAUGGGAAAAUCUGCCAAUUUGAAGUCCACAUUGAGGCAAAAUGAUGUUUCUGUUUUAUAGCAACCCGCUCUCAUUGUUUUGUAACCACUUCGAGAUUUAAAAAAUGUAGAUUUCCUCUAUCUGCUACAUAUAAAGAAGUGCUGGCACAGCAAAGCCUACCCCCUCAGGGGUUGCCGAAGUCUCCCUACCCUUUUGCCUAUUUUCCCUCUUUAUUGAAAAAAAAAAAUCGCAGUGUUUGACCCCCCAUUGAGGCAAAAAGGCAUUUUCUGCUGUAUAGAAAAAGCCCUUUUAUUUUUGGAAACCACGUAAAGAUGAAAUAAUAGGUUUCGUCUAUCAGCUACAUGUAGAAAACUGCUGGCACAUCGACACUACUAAUUCAGGGGCUGCUGUAGUCAACCCACGUUUUUGCUUAUUUUGCCUAAUUAUUAGAAAAUAAGUCAAUUUUGAGCCACCAUUGGGGAAAAAGGCAUUUCUGCUAUAGAGUAAAGUCACUUUUUAUGCCCCCCGCAGACGAAUUCCGGAGGGGGCAUUAAGCGUUGCCCCUGUCCGUCCGUCCCCCCUUGGUUUCCGCGCAAUAACUUGAAAAAUAUUUAAUGGAUUAAAAAAAAAUUGUGUGUAGGUAGAUGACACCAAAAUACAGGCUAAGUUCAAAUUCGGAGUCCGCAGGUCAAAGGUCACAGCUCAUUAAAUAUGCGAGUUUGUUUCCGCAAGAUAACUUAUGAAAUAUUCAACAGAUUUUUAAAAAUUUGAGUGUGUGUAGGUAGAUGACACCAAAAUACAGGCUAACUUCGAAUUCGGAGUCCGCAGGUCAAACAAAGGUCACAGCUCAUUAAAUAUGCAAGUACGUUUCCGCAUGAUAACUUAUGAAAUAUUCAACAGAUUUAAAAAAUUUUGGCGUGUAGGUAGAUGACACCUAAAUACAGGCUAAGUUCGAAUUCGGAGUCUGCAGGUCAAAGGUCACAGCUCAUUGAAUAUGCAAGUUGCUUUCUGCAUGAUAGCUUAUGAAAUAUUCAACAGAUUUUAAAAAAUUUUGGUGUGUAGAUAAAUGACACCAAAAUACGGAUUAAGUUUGAAAUCAGAGUCUGCAGGUCAAAGGUCACAGCUCAUUAACUAUGUGAGUUGGUUUCCACAUGAUAACUUAUGAAAUAUUCAACAUAUUUUUAAAAUGUUUGGUGUCUGGGAAGAUGACGCCAAAAUGCAGACUAAGUUUGAAAUUGGAAUCCACAGGUCAAAGGUCAAAGGUAACAGCUCAUUAUAGAUAUGCAACAGAUUUCAAAGAAUUCUGGUGUUUUUAGGUAGAUGACAGCAAAAUACAGGCUAAGUUCGAUUGCGAAGUCCGCAGGUCGAAGGUCACAGCUCAUAUAUGCAUAUUGGUUUCUGAACAGUAAUUUAGGGAAUAAUCAACAGAUUAACAAAAUUAUUGGUGUGUGUAGGUUCCUGCACGAUAUUAAGUUCAAUCAUAUUGAAUGAAUAUCUGAUCGCGUGAAGCGGGGGCAUCUGUGUUCUUUGGACACAUCAAAUUUCUAGUUUUAUUUUACUAUUUUUUAAAACCACUUGGAGAUGAAAGAGAAGGCCUUUUUAUAUCAGCUACAUAUAAAAAAUUAUUAGCACAUUGACGCCUUCCCUCUUCAGGGCUCCAAUUUGACAAAUUUUCCCAUCAAUUGGCAAAAUUCGGAAAAGUGGUGGGUGACUUUGGUAGUAUGAUAAUAGUAUAGUAGUAUGUGACAGGUCCAAUGGCUACAUUUCAUUUUUCUCUUGAACUCUGAGAUCGAGCAGGCAGAAAAUGUCACAUUUAGGUGUACAACGUCACGUGACUAGCAUAUGAUAGUUUCCGUGCCCAGACCCUUUCAUUUUAAACAAUUACUACAGUCCAAACAGAAACAAAUUUAUACUUUUAAUGUUAAUAGUAUAACAAUGUUCUUGUAGUAUAAAUAUUUGCUUACUGAUAUUUAUAAUAUAGCUAUAGUUUUAAGAAAACCAAUAUUUAUAGUAGUGUUGAGUUCGGCAUUGAUUUGAUUUGCAAUCAGGUCUGAGUACAUAGUAUACACUAGCGUCGUCUGCUAUGUAAACUAAAUGAGUGAAUAUGACCAAAACUAACCAUUAUGUUAAUGCAUAGACCUAUUACAACUGGACAUUCAAUGAGAGCAUUUUAUGACCACCACCUGUUUCCAGCUGUCAAAAUUGCUGUCAUACAUUUAACUUUCUCUUUACGCUGUUUUUUCGACGUCCGUACAGGGCGAUUGUUUACACAAUCUCCUUUCGGCCUAUGACGGUCACCGAUCGAUCACUGGCCCUCUUUCGACCAGAGACGGUCAUUACCUACAUUACCUAGAAUGCAUUGCGCAAUUUAUUUCCGGUUUUCAAUACAUUAUUUCACGCAGUCAAUAUUGUGCAAUUGUUGUCUGAUCAUCACAAAAAAUCUUAUUAAAUUUUGCCAAUCCUUUGGAAUUUUAUGCCAAAAUGAAAAUCAACUUCUGCCCGAAGGUAAGCGUGACUCUCGACAUCAAUAUUGUCUUAAAAAGAUGUGUUUUUACUGUCUUUCUGCACAUUUCUCUGUCAAUUUUUUACUGCUUUUUUGCUGUAGAUAUUCUGAUCUCUACGUUGAUUUCAAUGCAUUUUGUGAGCGGUUGUUAGCGAUGUACGUAAAAUAUGUUUAUGCAUGCCUGUUUUCUUGUAUCUGAAAUCAUUUUCAUAGCGCUAACGUUCGCUGAUUUGUGUGCUGCUUUUGGAAGUGAACGAACAACAUCGCAUUGUGUAGGAGCAGCGCACAAUUGAUUUCUGAUGUCCAUCAGUGAUAGCGUGUUUUACGAUCGGCUUGAUGGGCGUCAGCUGCCAGCACUGUGUUUAUAAAAGGAUUAGCGGCGAUGAUCUUAGGCCUAAAGGAGGGGAUUCGUUGAAUGUCCAGUUGUAAUAGGUCCAUGGUAUAUGCAAAUUAAAACACUUUCCCAUCGGAUUUUGGGGGGACUAUUAGUAGUCUUCUAUGGACCUCAAAGAAAUGUUCUGCAUUGGAAUAACUUCUGUUGCAAUUUGUUCCAAGUGAAAAAUUAAAAUGACUGGAAUACAAAUAAAGAAAAAAAAUUAUCCAAAACGUCACUUGAAAUCAACCAUUUUCAUGUGAGCAGCCAUCUUGGAAUCUGACAUCUAUUCAUUCCAUGUCAAACGUUACUUUAAAAAUGAAACAAUUAUUUGUAAGUUCUCUUUAUAAUAUAAAAAAAAAUAUUUUGCCUCUUAAAUUGUUGUGGAUAAAUUUUGACAGGAUGAAAUACAAUAAAAUUAAAUCCUACGUCUGUAAAUAUAAUUUUUUUUAAUGAAAAAGCCAUUAUACAUGUAGGCCUCUUUCACAGCAAACUUAAUUUUCAGAAAAAAAAAUCAGAUUUCAUUUCUAUUGAUUUAUCCAUCCAAAAUUACAAAAAACGUAAUUGUUGGAAAGAAAAUAUUUUUUAGAUACUAAAGCC